AAACAUCCUUGGUGUUUAAUGGUAUUUAGGAUAGCAAAAGGAAACCUAGAAUUUUUUUCUUUCUUUUCUUAUGCAACGAAAUCGAAAGUAGAACGUUACCGGUGGCAAAGAAGAUCCUGAAGGAGAAUGGAGAGAGGGGUGUCUUUCUUUGGAUGGAAAGCUUUUAAAGACGGCACUAAAUCUCUGUCCGAGAACCAGGAACCGGAGUCAGGCCGUGGAUAUACAAUGUUCCACGGCACACAUUUGACAAAAGCCAAAACCAUCAUUGAUAAAGGAUUUAAACCAUCCAAAGAUGGAAUGCUGGGCCCCGGGGUUUAUGUCAGUCGUAACAUUGAGAAAGCCAAAUGUUACCCGCAUAAUACUGACAAGAAGGACAAAGUCGUUUUCAAACUGAGGGUUCGUGUGGGGAAAGUGAAGAAAAUAGACUGUAACAAUCAUCCUCUCCAGAAAUCGUGGCACCUCAACGGGUACGACUGCGCGUGGGUUCCACCAGACAGCAACAUCUCCUUCAUCAAGUCUGGUCGCGAGGAGGACUGCGUGUGGGACCCCAAGCGCAUCAGCGUGGUUGACGUGGCGUGCUGUGUGGAUGACGCUAAACGCUGGGAGCUUCGACGGAUGAUUCGCAAAAAGACGAAAACCGAAGGCUGCGAUCUGUGCAAACUCGACGCUUGUGAUGGCCAUGAUAUUAAGCCGUGCUGGGAGUGCCAGGAAGACAUCUGCCCUUUUCAGGGAGAACACAUGUGCAAAGGCAGAAGGUUUAGAGAAAGAGACACAAUGUAACUCUGUAUCUGUUAGAUUAUGAACAUGAAAAGGUCCCCAGACCUCCGUAUUUCUGACAUCUGUGUUAAUGUGUAUAUUUUUGUAGCCUAUUUAAUUUAUGUAGACUAAAUACUUGUGCCAUUUAUCUCUCUGUGGUUUGUAAUCGUGU